AUGGCUUUUAGUUCAAGCAGUAACACACUUCAGCCUUUUAGGCAACCCCAAACAUCCAAAGUGCACUUGGCUCAUGCUAGAUUUGAAAUUUCAAUAAAUCAAAGAGAUUCCUGGUUGCUUAUGCACGAUGCAGCUCUAUUAAUAGAUGGUAAAUUGGAAAUAACUGAAGGGGAUGGCGAGGCAGCCUUAAUAAAUAAUUUUGGAGCUUUUUUGUUUGACCGAAUUUCUUAUGAAAUAAAUGGAAAAGAAAUUGAUGGUAUUCGCGACCCAGGUUUACCGCAAACUGGAGCCUUUUUAAUACGCUGCUGCUACUGGCUGCACGAUGAUGAUGGCGCUUCUUGCAAGCAUCCUGCAGAUAAAAAACCGAACGCUUUAAAUAUGGAAAAGGCAAUUGCGACUCCUUGUUAUUCAACAAGACCAUUAUAG